AUGCCACGGGGAGGGUAGAGGUUUAGUUAAGCUCUCUGCCAUUGUUCUUGUUGUGAAAGUCUGGGAACGCCGCUGGUCGGGUACCGGACGACGGUCUGUCGUUAUGACGGGCUCCGGUCCGAAGCUCGGUGUCCUGCUGCUGCUGGCGGUUCUGCUGCAGACUGUGGUCGUCACCAUCACCGUGCUGCACUUCACAGCGGCUCUCAACUCGAUGAAGGAGACAUUUGCCAGGAGUAGCGUGUCUUGUCUGACGGGCACGGACUUGCAGAGCAUCACAGCUGUCCGGGGGGAUCCAUGCUGGCAAGUCACUCAGCAGCUUCACCUGCUCAUUGAGAAGUCUCUGUCUCAGCGUUACCAGAGGGAGAUUUCUUCAGCAGUCAGAGAUGAAGUAUCUCGAGUGCUGCCCUCACUUGUGAUGGAGGAAAAGGCUUCAUCUCGCCCUAAAGUGGCAGCCCAUGUCACUGGUAGCUUUGUGCCCAAACUGGGCCGAGAGGGAGCUUCAGUCUCCGCCGGCCGUCGAGUUCAGGGCCAGAAGAUCUCAUGGUCGGAAGCGCAGAAAGGGCUGGCCUUCCUGCAGGAUGUCAAGCUCGUGGACGGAGAGCUGGUGGUGCCGCAGCCCGGCCUCUAUUACGUCUACGCCCAGACUUACUUCAGACACACCCACUCCCUGGAGGAGGAGGGCGAGGAUGGCGAGGAGUCAGAGAACAGAGGGAGGCCCCUGCUGCAGUAUGUCUAUAAAAAGAUGAGCUCCUACCCGGUUCCCAUCCUGCUGAUGAAGACAAGUCGAACCUCCUGCUGGUCCCGGGGUUCCCAGUUCUCUCUACACUCCGCCCACCAAGGGGGGCUGUUCCCACUCAGCAACGGCGACCGCCUGUUUGUCACUGUGACGAACGCCUCUGCUGUGGACAUGGAUGAGAAGAGCAGCUUCUUUGGCGCUUUUCUUGUCAGCUAGACAAUCAGAUGCAGGACUUGGGAUCACAGUGGUGAAUCCUCCGUCGUGUUUUAUAAUGUCUGUACUGAUUGUAGACUUUUCCUGAUAAUGAGCUCAUAAAGAGAAAAUGGUCACCUGAGAAAAGGAAUCGCGGGGAAGCCCUACUUUCUUUUUUUUUUUUUGUUCAGAAUCACCAAAACAUUUUGACAACACUGGUUUUGUGGGUGGAGAAGAUACAGGAAGUAAUACAGCACACUGAUUCCAAGGCACAGAACAGAUUAAAAAAGACCAUUUCUCCCAGUCAGCUCAUCGUCCAGUCAAGAAGAAGAACGUUGUCUUGGUGAAUAAAUGCUGUGGCCUGGAGUCAGUGUGCAGGUUUCUCUUUAACAGCCUUGCACUCAAUUGUGAUGUGCAUGUAAGUUGAUGCUUUGUAUGAAAAAUCAUCACAGCUGUCUUUGAAUGAGUCAAGGUCAGUGUAACCAACAGACAUUUUUGUGUGCGCAAACAGGUUUUGGAGGCAGAUUUCAUCUCACUGGCUGAGUUACAGUAAAUUUCAGUGGGUGGAGCCAAAGAUGAGAAGGUUUCUGUGGAGAUAAACUACCGACACAAUGUUUGAGGGAGCACAAACCACAUUUUGAGCACUAUGGAGUAUGCAACUCAGCAUUUGAGAGCAUUUUCUAACUAUACCAAGAGGAGCUGAGAAAAAACUCUGGACAAAAAUAUAAACAUUAUUCAUCCAUGACUGUGUGGUAUUUAUGAACACUAGGCUAACCAGCGAUCCUACACUCAUAUAGCAGUUUAAGUACCUCUGUAAUCCACAGAAUUUCAUCAGAUUGGCUUUUCACCUAAUGAUUCAUUGAUUACUAAACUGAGAUCAGGCCUCUAACAAAUGUUUGUGUAAAAUGCUGACCAGUUGAACGCUUGUGAUUAUUUCAGUCCACCCACAUAAAUAUUACAUGAGCCUGUGGAAGUGCAUUUGUGUAAAGAUGUACAUAUUGUGCUAUACUUUGUGGUUUUUUUAUGUUUCUAAUUGCAAAUCCUGGGUUUGGAGCCCUUCCUGAAUUCGUCUCCACCCUUAAUUUUUUCCCUAACACCUGGUAUUCUUGGGCAUUUGUGUCAUGUUGGAUUAAAUACAGACGUGGCCUGCAGAUUUAGAAAACAGUCAUUUACAUCAGAUGGGAUUUUUUUGUAGCUCUGCUCUCUUCCAUGUGGUGCAAUGAGCUCUUGUAGCGAACUCUGCAGCAAAUCCACUGACGCCCAAGAUGUAUAAACACAAAUAUACAUAUGACUAAAGUAGCACUGGGUGCAUCAGUGAAUAUAACGAACUGAGCUUCAAAGUUGAUUCCUGAAUUAAGAAGCAGUAAUUUGACAAAAAAAAAAUGCAUAACUCAAGGUCUACUUAUUAGAUUUCUUGCUUGGUUUCCAUUUUGAGGCCACAAGGAAUCUAAUAAGAGCACUGCAAAUGUUUUUGUCCAAGUAUUACUGAAGUCAAAAAUGAAGCCAGUUAUAUUCACUGGCGUGUGCCUCACCUUUUUGUUUUUGCUAUAAAUAAACCUUUUUUAAAGUGGUUAUAUCAGUUUUGUUGUCACAAAAAUUACAGAAACUCUUAGACCAUGUUUUGUAUAAAAUGGACAGGGGUUGUUUGAGUUGUCUGAUAUCAAUGUACUGCAAGAAAUGUGUAGUUUUGCUGUAAGUGACCACUAAAUGGCUACUACGCGGCUACUGAUGUGAAUCCAGACUGGACCUUUUAUUUUGGCCUCCACAUGGAAUAACACCCACCUGCACUCAGCCGGGGCGUGAACACAUGAA